ACGCCAACGCACGCUCGCAAGUGUGCUCGCAAAAUUCUACGUGCCCCGCAGGAAUAGUCUCCAUUUCUGUAGCAAGACUUUCCAAAACGGGAGAUCCCAUUUUGAAACAGCUUUCACAACCACUACUACUGAGUAUUCCGCGAUAAUUGGCUAUGCCUAUCAAGAAGGUUCUUAUCAGCCAAGAUUGCCUACUGAUCACUCGUCUUCCUGAGGAACCGCAUGAAACUAAACGACAUAUCGCUGAAAAUAUUGAACACGUCACAGAAGAAAAUGAGCAGUAUAUCAGGAGUUAUCAUCCUGCCUUCGAAGAUGCGAACUCCGUCAUUGUCUACUGCAACCCAUCGAGUAUCAACGAGUCUGUGUGGAUGAUUCACCCUACAAUUGCACAAACGAACGCUUUCCUGCUGGACAAUCUCUCCGUCGCAGGUCGAGAAGUUCAUCCUUUUGAAUACAUCCCGCCGUGGCCACCACGGAUGGUGAUCUACCCGCGUCACAUAGAAGAUCCACUGCGAGGCAAAAGUCUGAAUCCCCGUGUCCCACUAUCAGACGAUGAUUUAUCGGUUUUGAGACAGUGGUGGCCCAACAUAAUUGGAGUCCGAAUGUACGUGUGCGGUGUUAUUAGUCUCCUUCUGCACCAGUGGGCCGACUGGCGACAGGUUGCAGCGUAUGGAUGGUCAUGGACAAUAGGGGGAUUGCGUGCUCAAAUUGAAUCCGUCCAAGCUAUCGAGCCUUCGGUUGACAGGACGCCUUACGGACUGCAGGAUGGUACUCGGCGAUAUUCACAGACUGGCACAAAACAAAUUGGGUCGACUGGGCUUCGGAUUCGAGGUCGAUUUGGGCCAGACAAGAGCACUGUAUCGGAUGCGAUAACGACUAACACGCAUUCCUUCGUUUACACACCAUGCGGCAUGUCUAUGCACUCUUCACUCACGGAUGUUCCUAUACGAGAGAUUCUGUUUGACAUAGUACACGACAUAAUCAUGCUGGUCAAAUAUCGCAUCGCGGCAACAAAGACUUACCGUACACUAUGUGAUUCGCCUCCCGUAUUCCGGGCCUUGACUCGAGUAGUAGGCGACACUUCUCCCCUUGAAAAAGAGGUACGCAUGGGAAGUCGGAAGGUUGGCAAAAUAACCAAAUGCUACGACUUUCCCUCCUUUGUGUUUAUGUAUCCUUUCGGAUAUCGACAUGAUUUGUCGCUGAUCACAGAUGCAGCACUACCACAAGUUACGGUGCCUCCAGGGCUGCCAAUCAUCACCGGCUUUGAACCUACAUUCGACGCCGCGCUUCGUCCUGGAUGUCCCCUUUUUACAGCAAGAUAUUGCUUAGAUACGCAGACGGCAGAACAACCGGUUCCGGUGCAGGCGGUAGCCACACAGUAUACUUGGGAGCCCGAACCUGGAUCCAGUGCCAUUUCUCGCUGCUUACUGUGGAGAUCAAGCAAUCAAAGCGAUACUACGGGUUCUGUGCUCUGCUUGGGUUCACCAGGAGACCAUGAGACGCGGGCAGUUGUGUUUCAAAAUUUCGAGGCAAAGAUUCGGCAUACUCAAAUGGCCACGACUUCGGUGAAAAGUUAUUCAAAAUACAAGGGCGGUUUUGCAUUGCCAAAGGAAGUUCUUGAAUCUGAGGUUGUGAUGCAACGACUGAGAACAUGAUAAACGAAAAGAGCCCAUUCCAUUGUUCUCGUGGAAUCAACACGCCUCAUCACGAUACUAUCGUCGCUAUACCAUGUACAUAAUACAGCCCUUAGCAAUAACUUGGAGCCCAUGGUAGGUUAU